AAGACGCUCUCUGCGCCAUCCACCGUUUCUUCAUAACGCUCCCCAUCCCUCAAUUCUCUUUGUAACCCCUCCUCCGCAACGCGAUGAGCCACAUGGAGGAUUCGCCACAUGCCAGACGAUAUCGAGGAGCAGAUUAGAUGCGCAUCUCGACGCUAUUGCUCUGGACCAGCGCGGGGCUUCCAGCAUGACUGACACCAAGAAGGAACCGGAGAAGGACAAGGGAAAGGACAAGGAAAAGGAAAAAGAAAAGGAAAAGGACAAGCAAAAGCCCGUCAGGAAGCGCAAUGUUGUCUCGCGAGGUCGCACUGGUUGUCUGACCUGCCGUCGACGGCGUCUGAAGUGCGAUGAGGCGAAACCCGCUUGUCACAGUUGCACUCGUCUGAACCUGAAGUGCGAAGGCUACGCUCAGCGCAUCUCCUUCAAAGAUCAAACCGACCUGGUCGUCGAACGGGCCAAAGGAAAGUCGACCAAGAAACGGAAGGCAUCCGAACCACCGAUCAAGGAGGAAGAUUCUACAGACAGCGUGCACCAACCCAGCGAUAGCGGGAGUCCAGCGGAGAAGAGCAGUGCCAGUCCGCCAGCUACGAGCUCGAUCACCUUCGAUAACCCCAUCGUUUUUGCCGGAGAGCCAUCGGAUUCACGCCGGCUAGAUUCCGGGCGCACGCAAAUUGAUAGCCAGCAGUCAGCAACUUCCACUCCCGACCGUGUUUUGGGGGACCCCUUGGCCUCUUUCGAUUCACUACUCUCGUCCACCACAGACCCCUCUGGGGGUUCGAUGAUAUUAUCGGAUGUUCCUAUUAAGUCCCAUCUCGCUGAGGAUUUUUUCACAGACUCCGGGGAAGGCUCUUCCACGUGGGUGGUAGCGCAGGAGGGAGAAGGACCGUUCGAUCAGCAUUACCAAACAGAAUUCGCUCGAAGCUCUCCGGAUACACAUUCUGAGUUCACAAGAGGCUCACCGUCUUCAGAGGUGGCAUUCUCGGCAGCCUACGGCACACCUCCAUCAAUAUCGCUGGUGCCAUCAUCCCCCAGCAGGCCGCUUCCAAACGCCUUCCUGUCUCUCUGUGGUGCGUACGAGUUUCCGGAAGAUGUGGCCUACUACGAGUAUUCGGCCGGUCACUUUCAAAGUCUCUCACGGGUACUUCCACUCUCGGAAUUAUUUAGAUCAGAACCGGUGUCACCUCAUGUUUACAAUGCGGCCUUAGCCCUUGCGGCUUUGAAUCUCUCUAGUAUGGAGGACUAUUCGAAAAAUCCGGUCGUGCUACGGCAACAUGCAUUUCAGCAUAGUCUAAAAGCUGUUCAGGGUAUACGGGAGGCGCUAUCUUCUCCAGACCAGUCAAAGGCUCUCCGAACACCGAAGAACGUGGACACCGGUCUGUCAUUAUUUGCGACGAUUAUCUUGCUAGCCAACUUCGAGCUUCAACGAGGCUCUUUGUUUUCCUGGCGCUCCCAUAUGCGCGGGGCAGCAUCAUGCCUAGGCAUCUGGCACAAAGACAUGGCACAGAGACCUGCAGGGAUGUUAUUGGCCAAGGCCUUUGCUAGAAUGGCACUUCUCUUACGCCUAUACAACGAAGACUACUCGGUUACAACACCAGAUGUUCUGUCUCCCAGUUUAGCCGCCUGGUUGAACAGUCUGCUCGCCAGAUCUUCCGAGUUGCAGGAUCGGCUCUUACUUCUGGUCGAAGAAUGGACGCAGAUAGAAAUAAAAUAUCGUGAACAGCCAGAACUAGAAGACCAGUGGAUUGCAUUCAGCGACGACUUCUUAUCCAGAUUAGAUGAGUGGCGGAAAAAUAUACCGCCCUCAGAUCUACCAGUGGAAAGCAACGGGCCUGCUAGUGUGACGGUUUACGCUCCUUCACAACAGUCUGCGGAUUCGUCCGGUUUUGUCUACGUUCCGGCUCUCUGUUUUCCAAAUUCUGCGGACCCAUGUACUGCUGCGGUCAACUACGCCACUUACCUCUGUCUGGGUAUGAGAUCUCGGACGCGGUACUCUGUGGAGUUAGGGAAGAUUGUACCUCCAGACAGUGACGAGACAGCACUCAUGAUUUGUCGCAUUGCGGCUGGCAUCUCUCCAGUAUCAUUUGGACAGUCCUACACAUAUGCUUAUGGCAUGCUGCCUUCUGUCGUGGGGGCGGCUCGCUGGUCAUCAAACCCGGGUCUGAAAGCCUGGGUGAGAGAUUACCUGACGAAAUAUAAGAGUAACCGUGAGGGAAUAUGGAAUGUUUCUCAUUCCAUUCGGUUGCUGGACCACAUGGACCGUGAAUACGCCAGGCGCGGAGCCGCUGGAUGGGAGAUGGUUGCUGUCCGCGUCUUGGACGAACCGACGGAUCCAUCCCCUGAUCUUGAAGAAAACGAUAGCAGUAAGCCCUUCAAGAUCGUGAUGCGCGGAAGGACCAGGCAAGGCCGCUCUGAAGACGUCGUCGAAGUCCCUUAGAGCGCUCAUGGAUAUUGCUUUUUGGGAGUCAGGGCGGUAUAGGCGUUCGCCCCGUUAUUGAUUUAUGGCUGUCGAAAAAGACAAUUUAAGUAUAUGGUCUCGGACAUCUGAUGUUUGGAUGCGGGUUUGAUACCACUGAUGACGAUAGCCUCUGAUUUUGUUUGCUUUCUUGCAUGUCUCCCGGAACGGGAUCUCGGGAUUUUGACGGCUGAUUUAAAUCUCUGUCAAUGAAUAUACUCUUUUCUCUAUCAUGCGGACCGCAGGCAGCUGCAAGAUUAGAAAUGUUUUUAGGCGUGUUAAAAUGACUCUGUUUUAGAUACGGCAAGUCAACUCAUUGAUGGCUCGAGUAGUUGCCGCCGACUCUCCUAGCCUCAACAGAACAAACAUGAUAACAAGCCAACUGUACGAUCUU